GCUCUUUUUUUUUUUUUUUUCUUUCGUAUUCCACCAUGGCCACACUGGAUGACACACAAAAGAGAAUAUUAGAACAAUACCAGUCAGAAACCAAGAUAGAAGACACAGCAGAGUGUAUACGUGUUCUUAAAGACAACCACUGGGAUCUCAAGAACGCCAUACAGAAUCGAUAUUAUGCAUCGACAUCAAGGCAAGCUUAUCCUCAGGAGGAGAUACCCAACACCACUUCAGCUUUAUUAGGUGCAUCACGAACACAUAACAAAAAGCGGUUUAUCUUAUCCUUGUUUAUGUGGCCAUUCAACUUGGUCUGGCGACUCUGUUGGCAUACAAUCCAGUACACAGCUCGCUUGUUCUAUCGGCCCAGUAUCACUGCGCCUCGACGAGAUCCACGGUCAGAAGCAGACCGAUUCUUGAGGGAAUUUGAGUCUUGUUUCGGUACACAUCACCCGCCCUUUUUUCACGAGGGUGGGUAUGCCAAAGCAUUGCAAGUCGCUAAAGAUCAACUGAAAUACCUGUUGGUCAUUUUGACGAGUGAAGAACAUGAUCACCAUGAAGCAUUUUGCAGAGAUACACUAACUCGGCCUGAAUUACUGGAGUUUCUUCAUCAACAUCAAGUGAUGGUAUGGGGUGGUAAUGCAAGAUAUACAGAAGCAUUUCAAGUCAGUCAUUUAUUACAAGCAACAACGUAUCCCUUCUUGGCGAUCAUUGCACUCCAAUCCACCAAGAUGGCUGUGGUGGAUCGCAUUGAAGGUCCUGUCACACCCAGCAUGAUCAUACGUCGAUUUGAACAUGCGAUGCAGCGUGUAGGUCCCUCCCUGGAUCAACUAAGACAAGAAAGAGAACAACGAGAAGCCGAGCGUCGUUUACGCCAAGAACAAGACAGAGCUUACCAAGAAAGUCUGAGAGCAGAUCAAGAGAAACAAGACCGUCUACGUCAAGAAAGAGAAUCCGCAGCCCAAGCAGCUCAAGCAGCUUCCAGACAGGCCAGAAACAGACAACUGUACAUUAGUCAACUGGUGAAUCAAUUACCUGGAGAACCCAUCGAGCAUUUUACCAAGAUCAGUUUUCGCUUGGCCAAUGGGGAGCGUGUGAUCCGUAAAUUCAGUGCAGAGGAUACAUUGGCUUCUUUAUAUCAGUUUAUUGAAGCCUAUCCUUACUUGCAUACGCCGCCCGAGACUGAAUUGCCUGAUCCAGACUAUGAACACCACUACAGUUUUACGAUUCAUUCUUCCUUUCCAAGACAAGUGUAUGAUCCUGAUCCCAGUAAGAAGAUAAAGGACGAAAAAGGCUUAUGGCCAAGUGCUACUUUAAUUGUGGAAUAA